AUGCCGAGGUUUAUAGAAAGUCGGUCUUUCGAAUUUCCUCUCACUUCAAACGCACAGGAAAAACAAAUAAAACUCGACAAAUGGGUGCCACACAAAUUUAACAGUCAUCAGAAAAACCGCCAUUUUGAAGUGUCGUCUGCUCUUAUUCUGCUCUACAAAAACGAUCUUUUUCUUGAUCGAAUUGUCACGUUCGACAAGAAGUGGAUUUUGUACGACAACCCGCUCAGUGGUUGGAUUGCAGACAAGUUACACAGCACUUCCCAAAGUCGAAAAAUUGCACCAAAAACGGUCAUGGUGAGUGCUCGAUGGUCUGCAGCCGUGCUGAUUCAGUACAACGUUUUGAAUCCGGGAGAAGCGAUUGCGGCAGAGAAGUAUUUCCAGCAAAUGGACGAAAUGCACCGUAAACUCCAACAACAACAAAAGGCAUUAGUCAACAGAAAUAGACCAAUCCUUCUCUACGACAACGCCUUGCACCACGUUGCGGAAGCAGCGCUGCAGAAGUUGAACUAG